UGUGACUUUGAUGCAUCAGCUUCCUCUUUUCAUAAUGACAAUGGAUAUUGUGUCUAAACUGGGUUUGAUCUUCAUGUUUGCUCUCACAGAAUUCUGUUGGUGUCAAACACUGACUGAGUCUGAGUCAGUGGUCAUUAAACCUGGAGGAUCUCACAGACUUACCUGUACAUUCUCUGGAUUUAGUAGUGACCCGCACUUGGCCUGGAUCAGACAGGCUGCAGGAGGAGGUCUGGAGUGGCUGGCAUACAUCUCUGGUGGUAGUAGUUAUAUACACUACUCUCAGUCUGUUCAGGGACGCUUCACCAUCUCCAGAGACAACAGCAAGAAACAGAUGUAUCUGCAAAUGAAUAAUUUGAAGAAUGAAGACACUGCUGUAUAUUAUUGUGCAAGAGACACAACAAACUCUAUAGUUCUGCAGCCGGGAAACUCACUUACUCUCACAUGUGAGGUGUCUGGAUACUCUGUUACUGAUGAUAACUACGCAACAGCCUGGAUACGACAUCCUGCAGGAAAAGCUCUGGAGUGGAUUGUGCACAUAUGGGGAGGUGGAGACAUAUACAAAAAAGACUCACUGUCAAACAAGUUCAGCAUCUCCAAAAGUGACUCCAGCAAAACAGUGACUCUCAAAGGGCAAAAUCUACAGACUGAAGACACAGCUGUGUAUUACUGUGCCAGAUUAUCAUCCACAACAUGA